ACCCUCCACCAACACCCGUCUCAUCCACACACUCAGAGAGAGAGAGAGAGAGAGAGAGAGAGGGAGAGAGAGAGAGAUCCUCCUUGGAACACACCCGUCAGUGUCUCAGUGUGAUUUUGACUGACUGACUGACUGACUGACUGGAGGGGGAUUCUGGAGGAAACACACGGGGAAGGAGUCACACAGUCUCCGCUUUUCCACCGUCUUGUCUGUCAGUGUUGUCACGGCCGAUGGUUCUCUAACCUCACCGCCUGACUGACCGCCUCACCAUCGGAUCUUUUUACUUGAUUCUCUCCCCUCCUUGAUUGGCUGAACCGAGGCUGAUCCCAGCCACCCUGUACCGUGGACCGUGGGGCUGUUCGGCGAGCCUUACAGCUGAAGUUGGGCACCCGAGAUGAGCGCCUGGAGACCCGGGAGCGGUGCUCUCCACUCGCCGGGGAGAGGGUCGUGGUCGUGGCGGUGCUGCUGGUGGUCGUGGUGGUGGGUGAUGAUGAUCGGGGUGGCCGUGGGCUCGGGGGAUCCCUGGAUGUCCGUGGACACAUGCCCGUCGUCCUGCUCCUGCAGCAGCACCAGGAUCUCCUGCGUGGACCCGGGGCGAGGAAUCAACGCUUUCCCGGUCCUUCAGAGCGAGACGGAGAUGGAGAACAUCACCGACAUCUACAUCGCCAACCAGAGCAGCUUCUCCUCCAUCAACGACAAAGACCUGGACAACUACAAGAAUCUCAGGAACCUAACGGUGACCAACAGCAGACUGAUGUACGUAUCGAUGCUGGCCUUUAAGAACAACCUCAAGCUACAGUACCUGAAUCUGAAGGAUAACAACCUGUCGUCGCUGUCCUGGAGGAUAUUCAGACACCUCAACAUCUCUUAUCUGAUCCUGUCAGGGAACCCUCUGCACUGUUCCUGUGAGAACAUGUGGAUCAAGCUGUGGUUAGGAGAGGAAGCAGACACUCAGGAGCUGCGCUGCAUCGAGGAUGGAGGAGGCCGCAAGCUGCUGUCCAGACUGACUUUACCUAACUGUGAGGUUCCCAUGGCAACGUUGAACCCAUCCAAAGUGACAUUAAUGGAGGGGAAGAGCGUGGACCUGUACUGUACGACCUCUGGGGUGCCCUCACCUGAGCUGAUAUGGAAUAUGGCGCUGGUCUCCUAUUGUGAGAUCGAGACGUCAGGACAGAUUUCGGUGCUGCGACUCUCCAACCUGUCCUCUCUGGACCACAACAGCAAGAUCAGCUGCACGGCUGAGAACAUCGUCGGAGAGAAAGAGUCCGCGCUGCUGCUGGAUAUUCUUUUUCCUCCCAAGAUCACGAAGCUGAGUGAUGCGAUCCCCGACCAUAACUGGUGCAUCCCCUUCAGCGUGGCAGGAAACCCAGAGCCGACGCUGCAGUGGUUUCGGAACGGAGAAAAGGUGACGGAGGGGCUCUUCAUCAUGACUCUGAUCCAUGACGUCACAGAGAGAGAGUACCACGGCUGCCUGCAGCUGGACAACCCCACGCACCUCAACAACGGCCGCUACUCACUCCAGGCUACAAACAAAUACGGGACAGACCAGAAAGAGGUGGAAGCUCACUUCAUGAAACAGCCCUUCUCUCUGUCACUUCCUCUGUAUUUAUUUUCCUCUCUCUCUCUCUCUCUCUCCUCAUCAACAGAGGAGACUCCUUUAGACCUUCCCAAAGACAGAGUCGCUGUGUACGUGGUGUUGGGCAUCGCUGCUGUCGCCUUGACCUGUUUCAUUCUCAUGUGUGUCGUUCUCAAGUUCGGACGGAACUCCAAGUUUGGCAUCAAAGGACUGUCUUCAGUGAUCAGCAACGACGAUGACUCCGCCUCGCCUCUUCACCACGUCUCCAACGGCAGCAACACCCCGUCGUCCUCGGAGAUGGGCCCUGACGCCGUGAUCAUCGGUAUGACCAAGAUCCCGGUGAUAGAAAACCCUCAGUACUUCAGGAGCACCAACAGCCUGCUCAAAACUGACACAUUCGUCCAGCACAUAAAGAGACACAACAUCGUGCUGAAGAGGGAGCUGGGAGAGGGAGCCUUCGGGAAAGUCUUCCUGGCUGAAUGUUACAACCUGUCACCGCACCAGGAGAAGAUACUGGUGGCUGUCAAGACACUUAAAGAGGCCAGUGAAAAUGCCAGGAAGGAUUUCCACCGGGAGGCCGAGCUGCUGACCAACCUUCAACAUGAACACAUCGUUACUUUCUACGGCGUGUGUGUGGAGAGCGACCCUCUCAUCAUGGUGUUUGAGUACAUGAAACACGGAGACCUCAACAAGUUCCUCAGGGCUCACGGUCCAGAUGCGGUUCUGAUGUCAGAGGGUCAGACCACCAGACCCGUGGAGCUGACUCAGUCUCAGAUGCUGCACAUCGCCCAGCAGAUAGCAUCCGGCAUGGUCUACCUGGCCUCACAGCACUUUGUGCAUCGUGACCUGGCCACCAGGAACUGCCUGGUGGGGGAGAACCUGCUGGUAAAGAUCGGAGACUUUGGCAUGUCCAGAGACGUCUACAGCACUGACUACUACAGGGUCGGAGGUCACACCAUGCUGCCAAUCCGCUGGAUGCCUCCUGAGAGCAUCAUGUACAGAAAGUUCACCACAGAGAGCGAUGUUUGGAGUCUAGGAGUCGUCCUGUGGGAGAUCUUCACCUACGGCAAACAGCCCUGGUACCAGCUCUCCAACAACGAGGUGAUAGAGUGCAUAACGCAGGGCAGGGUGCUGCAGCGCCCCAGGACCUGUCCUAAAGAAGUCUACGACCUGAUGCUGGGCUGCUGGCAGAGAGAGCCGCACAUGAGACUCAACAUCAAAGAAAUCCACUGUCUGCUCCUCAACCUGGCCAAGGCCUCGCCUGUGUACCUGGAUAUACUCGGCUGAAACCCGGGAGAGAUUUUGGAUGUGUGUGUGUGUGUGUGUGUGUGUGUGUGUGUGUGUGUGUGUGUGUGUAACAGUAUUUUAAGGGUGCAUGCAUGUGUGUGUGUGUGUGUGUGUGUGUGUGUUUUUUGUUCUUUUUAAGGGUGGACAUGGUGACACCUGUGAAUGAAGUGUGCUCA